UUACGUUGCAAAGAUUGAGAAGGUAAGAAGGCGGGAGGUGUUAUCAGGGCCGUUUACCCGGUCCAUAGCUAACUUUGACAGUUCCGCUGAUCAUCCAUAAGUACAUUGGCUGUGCGUGGAUUGUACUUGCACUCGAAAGGUACUUAUAUGUCGCCGAGCUUCCUUGCGGAUACGAUACGCAACCUCUAUAUGUCAGAACUCAACACCUCCAUUGGCGAGCUUCUCGGAUCUUAUGUCAUAUCGUCAUGUAUAACAUUCAUAGUCUAUGGAAUCGGAGUGACGCAGUCAUACGUCUAUUUCCUUAACUGUGGUAAGGAUCCGAAAUGGUUAAAGCUCUUGGUGGGUGGCGUUACCCUUCUGGAAACAGUGCAUACUGUGAUGGUCAUCCAUAUUUUGUAUCGUUUCACAGUUACUGGGUUCGGCAACCUCGAAGUCGUUGGCUCGAUAUCAUGGAGCCCACCCACAGCCGUUAUCGUGGAGAACUUGAUAAUUGUCCUUGUCGAAGGAUUCUUUAUCUAUCGUUUAUGGAUAUUGAGCAAGAGAAGCAUGUCCUUGGUGGUAACCAUAUCUUCUUUGCAUAUAGUUCGCUGUGCAUUUGGAAUCACUGUUGGUUCUCUUGCCUUCACUCACAGCGAUUGGGUAUCAUAUCGUUCUACAACAAGCACAGUUGUCAUUGUGAAUGUUACCGACUGCCUCGCUUUGCUAGAAGAUGGGGUGAUCGCCGGCUUUCUGAUCCAUUACCUCCGAAGUUCUCGCAAAGGCUUCAACCCCAGGACCGAUAGAGUAAUUCUAUGGCUCAUGUCAUAUAUCAUCAAUACUGGAUUGAUUACCAUGAUUGUUUCCCUUUGCGUCAUGGUUACGUUUAUCGCGGUUGAAGAGAAUUUCAUCUUCCUUGGCCUUAACCUGAUUGUUUGCAAACUUUAUGCGAACUCGCUGUUUGGAACUCUUAAUGCAAGACAGAUGUUACACGCCAGAGUCAUUAAAAGUCUAGAUCCUGAAUCCGAUAUCAGCCGGCUAUCCGAGAUAGUAGCAUCAUCUCAAAGGAUCAGGACGGCAAGUGUAAAGCCAAUUCGAAUCCAACGUUCGCGGAUUAUAGAUCAGUCCGAGUCUUCUCUUGAGUUACAAACUGGCAAGGAACCGGUUCCGAUCAUUUAGACCGUCACGAUCUUUUUGUAUGAAGAUGAAUUUCCGGACGUCCUUUCGAGGUUAUUUCUACGAACCGCGAGUAUCGGCAAUGCAAGAGAAGACUCUAUCAGGCAGAUAGAAUAUUAUUGUUCACAUGUAGAAAUUCUUAGAUCAAUGUCUGCUACUUACGAUUGUCUCAAUGCCGGAUGUUCAGCAUACAAAUCUCAGAAGCU